CAAAUCUACUAGUUCUCUUGAGUCGUGCCAUCGCACAGCAAUAGUUAUAAUAAUUACAUGCAAUAAACAACUUAUACAACUCAGCAAACGUUUCCAUACUUAAUCGGACUCGGGGCAAUAAAUAAUUUAUAAUAAUAAUGCUAAACAUUUUGCUAUAUAUAUGAAUCAAUGCAAACAUAAUUUUGUUUUGUUUAAGAAUAGCUACGAGUACAAUUGGCUCAUGUUUAAUUGAUUUAACUGUUAGCAUGUAGCCUAAGCUAUCUGACGGUGCCUACGUAUAAGUCUCGUUUCCUCAUCCACCCAGUUUAGUUUCGUUUUCUCCAAAGCGCAGCUGUCUGUCAACGAUCCCUAUAACGUUACUCGCUCGCAUCAUGGCCGAAAACAUGUCCUUGCUGAGUCUCGAGGACGAUUUGACCUGCAGUAUCUGUUUGGGUUUAUUCGAGAACCCGGUGAGUUUGAUCUGCGGACACAGUUUCUGCGCCAACUGCCUCGACGCGACAUGGAACGACAGGACAACAUCGAUGUUUUGUCCUCAUUGCCGAAUGCCGUUCAGCAGUAAACCCGAGCUGAAGAAGAACACGGUGCUCAGCGCCGUGUUGGACGCUUAUAGAGUGAAGGCGGGUGUUCCUGAACCAGUUAUGGAACAUGUUGAGGAAAGAAGAAGAGAUCCAGACACGAUCAAAUGUGAUACAUGCAUGGAGGCCGAGGCUGUAAAGACGUGUCUGACGUGUAUGGCGUCUUACUGUGAGGAUCACCUCAGGCCUCACCGGGAUAAUAUCGUAUUCCGGUCGCAUCAGCUGUCUGACCCGCUUCCUGAUCUGCUGGAGCGUCUCUGUCCCGAUCACAGCAAACUCAUGGAGUUUUACUGCACUCAUCACCAGUGCUGCAUCUGUAGCAGUUGCCUACAGUCUGAACAUAAGGGCUGUAACUUCACUGGAACAGAUGAACAGCACCACAAACAAAAGACUGGCUUCAUGGACAAGCUGAACAUUCUCGAUGUCAAAAUAGACAAGAAUCUACAGGUCGUCUUGCAGAUGAAGGAUCAACAAAACAAAUUAAAGGACAUGGCUCUUACCCGCAAACGUAUUCUUGAGGCAGAAUACACCAAGAUCAGAGAAAUGAUUGACAGAGAUGAGAAGGAGGCCGUGCAAGCCAUUGAUAAGGAACUGGAGGCGGGCCAGAGCCGACUGCUUUCCUUGAUGAAGAAAUUCAACGAGAACAUCGAUAGGAUGAGCAGGACCAAAUCUGAGAUCAACAGUUUGCUGGACCAGUCACACUCAUUUACCUUCCUAAAGGCUUCUGUGGAUUUGCCAUCUGUUGUUAAUUUUGAGCCCAAGAAUCCUCGCAUUAAUGUUGAUAGUCAAGGAGUAAUAGCUCAUCACUCAUCUGCGGUUGCACUAAAGGAAUGGAUCGCUAAACUACUGGACCUACCACCAGAGAAAAGAAUUCCCUUACUUCAAGCAGGGUUUAGGGAACCAGUUUUGUUCAUGGGCUCAGGACCAAUGCACGGUCUCCAUAACCAAUUCUCAAUUCCUCCAUCUCAACCAAAUUUUGGUCAACCAAAUUUUGGUCAACCGAAUUUUGGUCAACCAAGGCCCUUUAUGCAACCCAGAAAUGUGAGGUCUCCUAGUCCAGGAGCUCCUCUCAGAGCCAGAGGCAAAAAGAAAGAUCAAAACAGCAAGAGUCAUGCUAAUACUGACCAGAAAGAUCAAAGUGAACGUAAAGAGCGAAUGGAUCGUAAAGAACAAAGCCCCAACCGAGUUGAUCAGAAAGAUUUGGACCAAAGGCAACCACAAGCUGCGGGAUUGAUGCCAGGGGUACCAGUUCCUGGUGGUUCAUUGGGAGGGGAUGGCUUUGCUAAAAGGAGUGACCUUCUUAAAUAUGGAACCAUCCUCAAUUUUGAUGUCAAAACGGCUCACAAGCGGAUUGUGCUCUCUGAAAAUAACACCAAAGCCACAGUCACAGAUGAGCCCACCGACUAUCCAGACAUUCGUACUCGCUUUUCUGUUUGCUCUCAGGUGCUCUGCACAAAGGGCUUCUCUCAGGGGCGCCAUUACUGGGAAAUCAAAAUGAGCAGCAACAACUUCUGUGGUUUGGGGCUUGCAUUUGGUACAAUCGAUCGAAAGGGUCCAUCCAGUCGUUUGGGCCGUAAUGCGGAAUCCUGGUGUGUGGAAUGGUUUAACGUUAAGCUUUCUGCAUGGCACAACAGCAUUGAGACCGUGUUGGAGAAUCCAAACCCCAGCCGUGUGGGCAUCCUACUGGACUGUGAUGAGGGAAGUGCAACAUUCUAUAACGUGAAGGACAGGGCUUUUCCCUUUCACACCUUUGUGUUUCCUUUCUCUAAGCCUGUGUAUCCAGCUUUCUGGAUCUUCUCAAACGGCUCUAAUGUCUCUCUGUGCAAGCUCACUAGCUAAACUAUACAUAGUGAACUGAUGAUUCUUGAUGUUCAUUUUUUUGAGUAAUAAAUUGGUUGUUUUGUGAUUCUAAUACAGUUUCUUUCAAUAGAACAUGUUAGCCGAGCUAAUGUUCAUGCAAUUUUUUUUUUUUUGAUAUUUUCAGGAUCGGUUAAACCGGAUGACUCACAAAAUUUAAUUAUUUUGUGAGAACAAAUACACGCUACAAAUGCAAAUGUAAGAAAGUCAGUUGUUUGGACAACAGUCAGUUAUAGUUUAGCGGCUAAAAGUAGAAAAGUAUCUAAGGUGAGCAUUCCAUUUCCAAUUUUACUAUAUGAACUUUGAUUUGUUAUUCUGUAUAUAUUGGUAUGAACAUCUUUAAUUUCAUCCGUUUGAGCACGUGGUUCAUAGUGCAUGCCAUAAAAUAAAAGCCUACAGGUGUUGUCAUAUGAGAAAUGUGUAGCAUAGUUAAAAUAAAAAGCCAGAUCAGAUUUUAUGUGAUAAUGCUAAAUUAAAGUAUUGCUAAAUAAAAUGAUUUGUAUUGUGGAAUUUAAUGGACUAUUACAUGUAAACACUUAUUUGGAAUGUUUUUCAAGGUGAGAAAAUAUAAUAAAACAAAAAAGAAUGUGACCGAAUAACAUGAUUAUGAUUGUUUCAUGCUGCAUGUAUGUUAUCAGAAUAUGUGUGAAAAAAAUUGUAAUUCUCUGUUGUGUUAUACUUGUGUUCUGCUGCAUAUGCGUGUGAUUUUUGUGAUUAAUGAUUAAAGGUUUAUUGUUGGCAAUAAAAUGUUAGUAUCAAAG